GGGCUUGUCGGCCGAGCAUGCUAGAUUGUUCUAGAAGAGGCGGCCCAGUCUCUUGCGGUCGCAGCGUGCAGGGAAGGCCUGGGCUUGGUCAUUGUGUGGUGCGCACGCUUCUUCUCGUCCUCUCCUGAGCCCCCCGCUCCACCGCAAUGGCCGUCAAAGCCCUCAACCCGAAAGCAGAGGUAGCCCGGGCCCAUGCGGCUCUCUCUGUGAACAUCAGCGCCGCCCGUGGGCUCCAGGACGUGCUGAGAACUAACCUGGGCCCCAAGGGGACCAUGAAGAUGUUGGUCUCUGGAGCUGGCGAGAUCAAGCUUACCAAGGAUGGCAAUGUAUUGCUCCAUGAAAUGCAAAUCCAGCAUCCAACAGCAUCUUUGAUUGCAAAAGUGGCCACCGCCCAAGACGACAUCACAGGAGAUGGAACAACCUCCAAUGUGUUGAUCAUUGGUGAACUAUUAAAGCAAGCUGAUCUCUACAUAUCUGAGGGUCUUCACCCAAGAAUUGUCACUGAAGGAUUUGAAGCAGCAAAAGAAAAAGCACUUAAAGUCUUGGAUGAGCUUAAAGUAUCCAAAGAAAUGGACAGAGAAACCCUUAUUAACGUGGCUAGGACUUCACUUCGCACCAAAGUUCAUGCUGAGCUGGCAGAUAUUCUAACAGAGGCUGUGGUGGACUCUGUUUUGGCCAUAAGACGGCCCAAUGAACCGAUUGACUUGUACAUGGUGGAAAUUAUGGAGAUGAAGCAUAAAACAGAAAGUGACACUAAGUUAAUACGCGGAAUUGUCCUUGAUCAUGGGGCUCGUCAUCCAGACAUGAAGAAGAGGGUGGAGGAUGCAUACAUUCUCACCUGUAAUGUGUCCCUGGAAUAUGAGAAAACUGAAGUCACUUCUGGAUUUUUCUACAAAAGUGCAGAGGAGCGGGAGAAACUAGUCCACGCAGAGAGACAAUUUAUUGAAGAGAGAGUAAAUAAAAUCAUAGCCCUGAAGCAGAAAGUGUGCGGAGAUUCUGGCAAAGGCUUUGUAGUAUUAAACCAGAAGGGAAUCGACCCAUUCUCGUUGGAUGCCCUCGCUAAGGAAGGGAUUGUAGCUCUCCGUAGAGCAAAGAGAAGAAAUAUGGAAAGACUUACUCUGGCCUGUGGGGGCAAUGCAAUGAACUCUGUGGAUGAUCUGACCCUUGACUGCUUGGGACACGCUGGUCUUGUUUAUGAGUACACCAUGGGUGAAGAGAAAUUUACAUUCAUUGAAGAGUGUGAAAACCCUCGAUCGGUCACCCUGCUGGUCAAGGGGCCAAAUAAACACACACUAACACAGAUUAAGGAUGCCAUAAGGGAUGGCCUGCGAGCAGUCAAAAAUGCCAUUGAGGAUGGCUGUGUUGUUCCAGGCGCAGGUGCUUUAGAGGUAGCAAUUGCUGAUGCUCUUGUCAAGCACAAACCUAAAGUGAAGGGCCGAGCCCAGCUUGGUGUGCAGGCAUUUGCUGAUGCCCUCCUCAUCAUUCCCAAGGUUCUUGCUCAAAAUUCUGGAUAUGAUGCUCAAGAAACAUUAGUUAAAAUUCAGACAGAAUAUGCAGAAACAGGGCAGCUCAUUGGUGUUGACCUAAAUACAGGUGAGCCAAUGGUGUCAUCAGAGGCAGGAGUCUGGGACAAUUACAAUGUUAAGAAACAGCUUCUUCAUUCCUGCACGGUUAUUGCCAGCAAUAUCCUAUUGGUGGAUGAGAUUAUGAGAGCAGGAAUGUCCUCUUUGAAAGGAUGAAUUUAAGACUGAUUUUUGCACUUCUCUAUGCUCUUAUUGGUUUGCUGAACUGGUAGUUCCACGUCACUUACAACUGUAUAACAAUAGCACCUAUGGAAAUUCAUUUGAUCUAACUUUCAGAAUUUAUUUAUUUCAGUUUUUUUAUGGCACUGAAGUGUACAAGUGGCCCCCUAGUCUUUGUACUCAAUAAAAAGAUUAAGCAAAAUCUUCACUUCUUGUAUGUAUACUUGUCAGACUGCCUAAGAUUAAAGUUAUUCUGGUUUCUUCUU